CAUGAGUUACUUCCUGUCUUACUGCAAAGCUCAUGGCGGCGCGCUGCUCACCGGCUACCAGGCCCUGCGCGCCGAGGGCUUCCUGUGCGACGUGACACUAGAGGCCGAGGGCAGCGAGUUCCCGGCGCACAGGUCGCUCCUGGCGUGCUCCAGCGACUACUUUAGAGCCCUGUUCAAGAGCCACACUCGGGAAUCCCAGGCGCGCGUGAUCCACCUGCACGUGCCCUCGGCGGCUGGCCUGCAGCGCUUGCUGGACUUCAUCUACACCGCCUGGCUGCCUCUGUCUAUGGACACCGUAGAGGAAACGCUGGAGGCUGCCAGCUACCUGCAGGUCACCGAGGCCCUGGGGCUGUGCGGCCGCUACCUGGAGCGCCAGCUGGCCCCGGAGAACUGCUGCUUCGCCGCCAACGUGGCGGCGCGCUUUGGCCUAGCGCACACACUCGGCGCGGCCGAGCGCUGCAUCGUGAGCCACCUGCGUGAGCUGCUGGCGCGGGGCGCGGGCCCCGCGGGGCUGCUUGAGCUCAACCCUGCGUCGCUAAGAGCGGUGCUAGGUGCCCCUGACGUGGCGCGGGUGCCUGAGGCCCGGCUGCUGGGCCUGGCCCUUGCCUGGCUGCGGCAGGAGCCCGAGGCUGAGCGCCUGGCACACUGCGCAGCACUGCUCGAGCGCGUCCGCUUCGGCCUGGUGCCCGCCGACGUGCUGCGGCGCGUGUACUCGGGCUCUGGCCUCAAGCUGCCCGUCCGGGUCAAGAGCCUCAUCAUCCAGGCUCUCAACUACCACACAGCGCCCUCCCGCCAGCCGCUCUUGCAGGGCGAGCACACCAGCGUCCGGAGCCCUCAGACCCGCAUAUUGUUGGUUGGGGGGCGCAGGGGGCCUGAGUUGGUGGCUGAAGAGGUCGUGGCCCCGCGGGCAGCAGCCAGGGGCCAGGGCGCCGCGGCAGAGCCCGAGGAGGAGGAAGAGGAGGAGGAGGAGGAGGAGGAGUGGGAGCUCACCCAGGACGUGGUGGCCUUCGACGUGUACAACCACAGCUGGCGCAGCCUCACGCGGCUGCCAGCACCGCUACUGGGACACAGCGUCUGCACCGCAGGCAACUUCCUGUUUGUCCUGGGAGGGGAGAGCCCUUUGGGCAGCGCCUCCUCUCCCCUGGCCGACGGCCCGCGGGCAGCCACGGCCCAAGUGCACCGUUACGACCCGCGCUUCCACACUUGGACGGCGGUGCCUGCCAUGCGGGAAGCGCGGGCCCACUUCUGGUGCGGUGCUGUGGGCGAGAGGCUCCUGGCCGUCGGGGGCCUGGGCUCGGGCGGCGAGGCUCUAGCCUCGGUGGAGAUGUACGACCUGCGCCGAGACCGCUGGACGGCGGCCGGGGCCCUGCCACGCGUGCUGCACGGCCACGCUGGGGCCGUCGGGGACCGCGGUGUCGUGUACAUCUCCGGGGGCAAGGCGGGAAGAGGCGAGGGCGGCGCGAGCAGCCUCCGUGACUUGUAUGCCCUGGGCCCUGGGGAGCAGGCCUGGAGCAAGAAGGCGCCCAUGAGUACGGCCCGUUUCGGGCACCACAUGGCGGUGCUGCGCGGCGCGGUGUUCGCUUUUUUGGGGCGAUACGAGCCCUUCUCUGAGAUUGAGCGCUACGAUCCUGACGCGGACCAGUGGACUAGGUUGCGGCCGCUACCCUACGACCGCUUCUGCUAUGGGCUGGCCGUGGUGGAGGAGACAGCGCUGCUGCUGGGCGGCCUCAAGUGGCGGGACUCACGCCAGGUACCUACCCGCAACGUGGUGGGCUACGACCUCGACCUGGACCGCUGGGAGGACAUCGGCUGCGCGCUGCCUUGGGCCUGGAGUGGCCUGCAGUGCGCAGUGCUGCAGCUGGCCGAGGGUGGGGACGAGGAGAGGGAGGAAGAGCCUGGAGAGGCGCUAGAUUUAGUGCUGGGUUGAAUAGGUUAGUUCAGACUGCUCCAGGCGACGGAGGGGGCUUUACCUAAGAAUAGAACUCUGUGAGCAGGGUGGCUACUGAAGGUUAAGAGGCAAAUAAGGCCUUGGCCAAAGAGGAACAUUUCCCCUUGAGCUGAGAACGGGAGACAGGAGGGGUUAAACAGAAGGAUAUAUGAGUCAGCUUCAGUGAGCUGGUGAUUUUUGGAAAGGCUCGCGCUGGGCUAGAGAUGGGCCUUUGAAAAUAAAAUAUGACCUUAUUUUCCCUGUUAUAGUUAAAGUGUUUCCCUAUGUGCUAAAGCAGUGAUUACUUUUGUGCCAAAAAAAAAAAAAAAAAAAAGCCAAAGAAAUGAACCACAGGAAAUUAUAUACAAAACUCAGAAAAUUGUUGGCUAUAAAGGCUGUAAUAAAUAAUCCGAGAAGAUAGCAUUAUCUGAAUAAAUAGUGAACGGAAAGUGCCUUGGUUAAAUAGCAUGAAAUCAUUGUAAGGAGAACUAUGAUUUUAUGAUCCAGAGCCACGGUUAUCGUUCUGCUCUGAUGGUUUGAUAUAAAUACGGAACUGAGAGGAAAAAGAUCUUUAACAUUUUUUUGUGUGUGAGAGAAAGUAUUCUUGGUUAAAUUUCUCUGUUGCCUGUCCCCACCCCUAGUCCGCUUUUGCCCUGGCUUUAGGCAGUUCAUUGACUUUAAGUCAUAUUUCAGUAACACUUAGCCAUGAUAAUGAUAAUCAAGCUCCUCCAGUUAAGUGGAACAUUUAACCAAAACAAAACCCCAUUUCUUUCAUCCUUUUAAAAUGCUAAUUCUGUAGAUAUGCUGUAGGUUCUAUUUAUAAAAAAUAAUUAAGUUAUUUUUGGUGGUUACCACCACUUCUCCAAAAAGAAUCACAGAGAAAGGAAAGAAAGAGGAGUAAGUGAAGUUUUAAAGUUCAUGCAGGUAAAUGGGAAACCAGCUUGAUUUUUCAGAUCUCAAAGAAGGUACUUGUAUACACCAAACAGGUGCUACUUCUGGCCUGGCAAGCAAGGAGGUGGCAAAGUUAGAACUUAUAAUUGGGUGGGAGGUGGUAGCUGUGUGAUUAGAUCACAAAAAAAAUGUGGUAAGGACUUUGCAUGAAUAAAGUAGGUGCUUUAUAAGGAUUCAUUAAUAGCUGAAUUUAUUUGACUUCAGUUUACAGUGCUGCCUCUCUCCUAGAUUUUAAACUAAUGCAAUAAAAUGUACAGAUAUAUAGUGUUAAAAGGUCUCUUUCAUGCUAGGCUAGCCACGAGUCUUGUAAAAGUCAUUAGUUUAAUUUUUACCAUUUAAAACAACAGAGCUGACUUUACAAAAGUAAAAGCUGCUUAGUAGCAACAGAACUAGUCUUCCCAUCAACUGCUUGCUGUUUACAGGCCACAACCUGGCCACUGUAUACAUGACACAUCCAUCAGGUACAGAUAUUUUUAAGUGAAUAUACACAUUUGGUCUAGUAAACAUCAAUAAGUCUAAACACCUGUAACAAGCACACUUCAUUUUAGGACAAGAGGUUGUUUUUUUGUUUUGUUUUGUUUACGUAUACAAAAUCCCACAAAUUUAAUGUGCGUCAAUAUCCAUGCAGUAAAUAAAUGUUUUUACAAAUAGGGUUUUUUUUUUUAAAUGAUAAAAAUAUUACACUGGACCCAAAAUUCCAUACAAACAUUAAUACAUGAUUUCUCAUCCAUUUUGACUAAAUAUAGGAUUACUGAAAAUGUGCUGUAGAAAGGCCACUCUCCUGUACAGUUGUGCAAAGUCUGCAAAACGUUAGUGAUUCAAUGGUGGUUCAAAAGCAAAGAAAAAGAUCCCCGCUGUGGAGUUUUCACUUUCUCCUCUACAGCAAAAAUAUUCACUGGCAUAUAUCUGAACUCUUAAAGAUGAAAGUACAUUCACUGAGCUGUACAGGCAACAGUAUAAAGCUGAUUAGAAGUAGAGUUUAGGAUAUAGAAUAGUAAAGGAGGGUCCCUUCCUCCUUCUGAAAAAAAACAAAAAACCAAACAAACAGCAAAUUGUGACUUGUACAUUAUGCAGCCAGACACUAAAAAGCAGCACAGUCAUUUUCAUGCUGUGAUCACUUUCAAAAACAAGACGCUUAGAAAUGGAAAUAUAGAAGAGGACUUUUUCAUAGACUUCAUCCACUCUGUAGAACAAAUCAUGAAGCUAGGAAAAAAACCUCUAAAUUGUUUCUCUCACAUAAUUCAAUGUGACAUCUCUCUGAGUGACCAUCACCCUCUUGCUCCUUAAGAGAGAAGUACAUUUUUAUGUUUCAACAUUGUUUUCUAUAUUAUAACACACAUCAGCCUGUAACUAAACAUAUUUUACUUCCCUGCCUGAAUUAUAAUUACAUAAGUUUAAUUAACGUACUAGGGGAAAAACUGGAAACUCACUGGAAAGUGGAUUCAUUUCAGUUUAUACCUUGUCUUUUAAGAGUUGGAGUUUAAAAACAUUAGUUUGGGCUGAAAUUAUAUAUAUAUAGCUGUUAGCUGCCUUUCUGGGUGAGUUAAGUGUGUUUUAAAAAAUCCAUUCUCAAAUUCUUUUGUACACAAUCAGCAUUUCAUCACUACAAAAAUAAAGGAAGAUUUAAACCAAGAAAAUAAAGCAGCUCUAUCUUCAAUUUUGGUCUUAGUUACAAAAACAUCUUACAAAGCUUUGCCCUGAUACACCAUUAAGUGUUCUCAUAGAUUUGGAAUAGUAUUUCCAUUAACCGGCUUUCACAAGUUAAUAGAACUAUUAAGACGAAUAUUAGAUACCUGAACUUUUCUUAUGUCGAUGCUCUUCUAUUUUGCUUAACUCUUGUAUGCGCAUCUACAUUUCACAAAAAUAAAACUACAGCAUUAAACUUUGUGCAAUGUUUAAGAAAUUCUUAGAACAUUUUAAUAAAUAUAAAAAAGGUUUAAAUUCUUUCCCACCCACAAGGAUGUCUGCACCUGAAAAAAUGUGAUUUACUUCUGAAGUCUUGUUUAUAUAAAAUUAACUUAAAGGGAGAAAAGAUGACCUUAGAUAGAAAACUGCCUUUUUGUGGUUUUACUACUUGAAGACAACCUGUAUUCAGAAUUGUUUGCAAAAGUUAAUUUUAAGUCAUUAAAGACAGUUGAUUUUGCACAUGGUAAACAUAAGCUGAACACUGAUCGCAUAUAAAAUAUACAAAUGCUCAUUAAAGACAGUGGUAUUAUGACCA